AUGUCGCGGCUUUACGUGCUAGUAGCUAUGGUCGCGAUGACGAUCAAUGUUACAAUUACUUCAGAAAGAAUGAAGCAUGGACACGUUCAGAUUGAAAAACCGAUAAUGAUUCGAAAAGACAUUUUCUUUCGAAAUCAGGAUGUGGUGCCAUUUACCGAGUCGUCGUCUGUAUUCUUUUUGAAUCUGCUCAAGUGCAAACCGCGAUAUCAGAAGCUAGACAAGAUUUUUCCCACCGCUGCCGCUCCGGUAAGAGAUUGUAUCUGUGUACCUUUUUAUCUUUGCGACAGGAAUCAGACUAUCAUCACCGAUGGGUCUGGAAUAAUCGACGAGCGCUCUGCCACUAAUCGGAGAUGUACUGGGGACUUAGAGGUCUGCUGCUAUCUGCCAAAUGUAACUAAUACGGCCGUGAUACCUUUAGCUACAUCUCCAAUAAAUGUAGCUACAUCUCCAACAAAUGUAAUUGGUAUGACACCUCCAGCUACAUCUCCAACUGCGCCAUCAACAAUGCCUUCAAUAACAUUUCCAACUAUGCCACCAUCAACACCUCCAACUACUCCAACUACAGCACCAACAGUACCCACUUCGGCAUCGUCGACUUCUCCUAUAAUCGUACCACUGAAUAUGGACUGUAUCUGCGUUAUGAUAUCGUUAUGUAAUCCUAAUGGAAUAGUCUCCAUCUCCGGAGAGGGUAUAAUAAAUCCGCGGUACGGAUUAUGCCCCGACGACCUGGUCUGCUGCAGGAUACUUGCGAAUAUGACACAACUAACGACGAACUCUCCGACCACGAUUACUAUAGUACCACUCAAACUUGCUGCGAUGAUCGCAGUACCAUCCACAGUCACUAUAACAUCACCUAGUCAGGUACAAUUAUGUUUCAUAUGCGACAACGUCAUUCUAUGUUUCACCUGUACGAUCGUCGUUACGUCUGGUGGUGGUGCCAUGAUAGACCCCAGAGUUUCUCAGAUCUUGUCAGAGAGAAAUAUAUGCACAUCGACAAACAUACCGUCUUGUCUAAACACAUCAUCAGCCGCGCCAAUUACGGAUCUAGGCCGGUUGAAAAAUCCGGGUACAUCGCAAGAAUGUUACUGCGUGAAGACCUGGCUGUGUUUUGAAGGGAACGUGAUCAGUCCGGAUGGUCUUGGUAUAAUUGAUUCGAGGUUUACGUUGUGUUCUUCGGCGGACCAAGUAUGCUGUCGAUUCGCAGGGAUCAAUCGUCAGGGUCUUCGAGACGCCUCCUCGUCCAGUACUGUUCACGUUGCGAACGGAUCAUCCAAUCACCCGGUUUCGGAAAUCACUUGUGGUAUACAAAACAAUAGUUACGCACCAUCGCAACCUUUUUCCACUGAUUCCGAGAAAACCUAUUUUGCUGAAUUUCCAUGGAUGGUCGCACUCCUAAAAUCCACGACCGAUCCUUACAUUUUUCACUGCGGUGCUUCGAUAAUCAGUAAUGGGGCUAUCCUCACUGCUGCUCACUGUGUUGUAAACCAAAAGCCUGAAAAUCUGAUUGCGCGCUUCGGACAGUGGAACAUAGGAAAUAAUAUUCAACCGUUGCCUAUUCAAGAAGUGAAAAUCGUCGCAAUAGCUAUACAUCCGUCUUAUUAUAACGACGGGCUUUUCCAUGAUGUUGCUGUCCUCGUUUUGGCAAAACCAAUCACUUAUAGCGCGAACAUCUUACCAAUUUGCCUUCCUAAACAAGGUAAAGUCUUCUUGGCCGGGACCAGAUGCUACGGGUUAGGAUGGGGCAGCAAUUCAUUUGGACCGGAAGGACAAUAUCGGGCCGAGCUUCGAAAGGUGAAUCUUCCUAUCAUUAAUCAAGACGAUUGUCAGACACGUUUACGAAGUACGAAAUUGGGUCAAUACUUUCAAUUGCAUGGAUCAUUUAUCUGCGCUGGCGGUGAAGCAAAUAAAGAUACCUGCCGCGGUGACGGCGGUGGACCGUUGGUUUGUCAAGCCGCUACAGGACAAUUCUUUCAGGCCGGUAUUGUAUCAUGGGGUAUUGGUUGUGGAGCUUCUAAUGUACCUGCAGUAUACGCUAGUGUAUCGCAACAUCGUCAAUGGAUAGAUCAACAGUUCGCGACUUAUGGCGUAUAA